CACACAGAGAGCCGCACAGAGCAUCAUCCCUGCAUCUCUUCCCUCUCGCCUCUCUCCCUUCUCCUCCUCCUCCUCCUCCUCACACCUGUUCCUUCCCCUCGUCUCUCUGGCACUGCCCGACACAGACCUGCUGGCCUCGGACUCUCCGAGGGGACAGGUACCCCGAUGACGGUCCGUCGAGGAGACAAACUUCCCAUCAGCAUCCAGGAGCACAUGGCCAUCAACGUGUGCCCAGGGCCCAUCCGGCCCAUUCAGCAAAUCUCAGACUACUUUCCCCGAUACUCACCUUGGCCAGAACGAACACCGUCCCCCACCGGGAACCCCCACAAUCUCUCACCUCUGGAUAUACCCCCUUGUGGGGCAGAAACAGCAGAUGACUCUGCAGAUGUGGACAACUAUGACUCUGAUGAAAGCACGGCACUGGGAACCCUGGAAUUUGACUUGUUGUAUGACCCAGAACAAUGUAUCCUGCAGUGCUGCAUCCUGAGAGCCAAGGGCCUCAAGCCGAUGGAUUUCAAUGGUUUGGCUGAUCCAUAUGUGAAGAUUCAUCUGCUCCCUGGGGCUUGCAAGGCCAACAAGCUAAAGACUCGAACGGUGAGGAACAGCCUGAACCCCACGUGGAACGAGAGCCUGACGUACUGCGGGAUUACCCAGGAGGACAUGGGGAAGAAGAUUCUCAGGAUCUCUGUGUGCGACGAGGAUAAACUGAGCCACAACGAGUUCAUCGGAGAGACCCGGGUUCCCCUGCGCCGGCUAAAGCCUGGGGAACGGAAACACUUUAAUCUGUGUCUGGAGCGGCAAAUCCCUCUCGCCUCUCCCUCCUCCAUGACGGCGGCUCUGCGUGGCAUUUCCUGUUAUCUAAAAGAGUUGGAGCGGUGCCAGGAGUGGGAGCUGGAGGAGAGGGGGCGCAUCCUCCUGUCACUAACGUACAGCAGUGAGCGGGGCGGCCUAGUGGUGGGAAUCAUGCGUUGCGCUCAUCUCGCUGCUAUGGAUGUAAAUGGAUUCUCAGACCCUUACGUGAAAACGUAUCUGAAGCCCGAUGUAGAGAAGAAAUCUAAGCACAAAACAGUGGUCAAGAAGAAGACAUUGAACCCUGAGUUUAAUGAGGAAUUCUUCUAUAACAUCAGUCAACUGGAGCUGCAGAAAAGGAGUCUGGAAGUCACGGUGUGGGACUACGACCUGGGCAAAUCCAAUGACUUUAUAGGGGGUGUGACCUUCGGAAUGAGCUCCAAGGGCGAGUGUUUAAAGCACUGGAUGGAAUGUCUCUCUACCCCCAAUAAGAGGACUGAACACUGGCACACACUAACCAAUGAGCUUCCAGGAUCGACUUACGCCGACUGAGCAACGCCUCCAACCGACCGGAGAACAGAGCUAAAGAACAACCAAUCAGAAUCAAGGAGGGACAGAGGCGACCCACGCUCACCCACGUCACAGAAAGUAUAAAAUAUCCAGAAUUUGGGCUCAUUGCCUGGUACCGGCGCCAGGGAUCCAUGAGGCUAUUAAAUCCUUCAUUCAGCUUCCAUAGAAUCACACACCCCGACACCAACAUGGUUUUCUAUUGAUCCCCGGAAGCCAUUUUGUAUUUUACAUGGACAUCUCAGGUGAUGGAACUGAGCGCGACUGAUCUUGUCUGCCCAUUAACCCUUGCUAUGCCGGGUAUCCAUGCUGCUUUAAAAGCCUAUUAUGGGUAAUCUUCUCAUCCUAUUAACUGUACAGCAGCCCCUUCCUACGCACUGCGUCCCAUUGGCUCGAUGUCUGUCCAACCUUUAUCCCCCCCAAAGCCCCAGCAUCCCUUCUGGGAGUUUAACAGCUGGGGCCCAUAGAUACACCCAGUACAUUAGGACUCCAUAAUAACAAUCUGAUGCGCAGCGUAUCCUUGCACUUCUACAAGCCGAGCCCUGAUAGGCUCAUUAUACAGGGGGCUCAGGGGUACUUGCAGUUUGCCAUUCGGCGGCCAUAGGCAGCUGCUUGUGGUAUUUAUAGCCUGUCUUACCCCUGUAAUUUUUCCAUUUAGGAGAUAGCCAUAGCAGGCCACGGGCUAGCUGCUGCAAAACUUCAACUCCCAGCAUGCUGAGCGGGGCAUGUACAGUGGAGCUGGAGCUUCCAGUCAGCUGGAGCCCUGAAGUUUACCUGUCCCUGCCCUAAAGAACCUAAAAAGGGAAGAGUAACAAGUGUUAAGUUUGCCCCAGGUGUAAUAACCAAUUGCAGCCAAUCAGAUUUAAGCAAAUUCUAACUGCUCAUUGGCUGCACUGAGUUCCCACCUCAAUAGCAAACUGUACGCAACGUUUGACCCUUAAUUUCAGUAUUCGUCUGAACCCCCAAAUCCCUGGGUAUCGGCCGAUUACUGAACCAAACCCGAACCCAGAAGCGGAAAGUGGCGUAAAUGAAGGGAAAAUUCAUAGGGUUCGGACUCCAUCCACCCAGGCUCUUGGAUUCGGCCGACCCGUUAAAAAUUCGACCAAAUCCCCAACUGAAUUCGAGAUUCGGCACAUUUAUGUUUUGUUUCCCUACUAAUAAGAGCUCAUUUACUACAAUGGGGGCAGGGUGCAAAUUGCAAAGCGCCAUGGUUUUUUUUUUGCCCCUCUCAAAUGCAACUCAGCACCAUUGUUAACGGAGUUCAAACAGUUGCCCACAAGAGCUGUUGGGUGCCAGGCGUGUAUGUGGGUGCCAGGCGCGUAUAUGUGGGUGCCAGGCGCGUAUAUGUGGGUGCCAGGCGCAUAUGUGGGUUGCCCAUAGAUCCACAUAUAAUCCCCUUACUUGCGCACUAAUCAUGGCAUGUAUGUGCUUCGCCAGCCAUGCUAUUAACAGUACAAGUGGUGCCAAUGGCACCGCUGACGGGGCAAGUGCUAUGUGACUGGCACCCCGCGAGCGCUGCUAAGUCUGUAUUAUACACCAGCUUCAAACCCUAUUCCCUGCCGAUAACCUUCCCACAUGGAGCCUCCGCACUAUGCACACAUGCGCCCCCUACUGUCAGACAAGUGGGCGUGCCAAACGCAAAAUCUCGCCCUUGGUUUACAAUUAGCCACAAAUAAUAAGGAACUGCUCGCAAUUUGUUUCUGUUGCCAAGCAACGGAUCCCCCCUUCCAAAAUGCUCAUCAUCUAACUCUGUAUGCAGAAGAGAUUUCCCCGAUUGGCUAGUCUCGAAGCUUGCCAUUGGUGGGCUGAUCACUGGAGGGGUUACAUCUCCAAGCGGUGCCAACUGGGCUCAGGUCUUUCCCUGCUGCACUUGCAUCUCAAUAAGGCUUUUUUUUCCCGGGGCCCCUUGUACCCCAUGCAUACAAGGAAUUCAUGUGCGGCUAAUCCGUUCAGAUACAGUAUGCCUGGCUGCACAGAAACAAGUGCAGGCUGCAGCAUGAAUGUAGCUGGCUAAUUGGCUGUGCAGGACAGGGGUUCAAGGGGCCAGGCUGUUCCUUUAUGCACAAACUUGUGCUGUUUUUGCACUUUGGCACAAAGACCCCCAGUGACCUACUCAUGCUAAACUAACAUGUCCCCCCAUUCUAUUUUGUUGCUGUUUUCUGUACUUUUUGUACUUCCAUAAUAAGUGUAUUUAAUACAUGAACGUUACCCCUGCUCAGUAAGUACCCAUUAGUGUGUGGUGGCCCAACUGGCACGUAGCUGGGUACCUUACCUACUGCCAAAGUGUAAAAACCUACCUUUUCAAUUAUAAAUGGCCCCGGGGCUUUUGCUUCCUGCCCCUGUGGCCCUGACACACACACACAGCUAUGCACACUCAUUAUGGGCUAUGCACACACACUGGACACACUCACUAUUUGCACGUUUUUUUUCCCAAUGUUUUGUGACUUCUUGUUUUGUAUAUUUGGGGAAUGUGACUUGUUUUCUAUACGGGAGAUGCAUCGGUGCUCGAAAUUUGCACGUAGGCACUGCGGUUAUGCAAUGUUUGUGUCUCUUUUGUAACUUUAUUACUUCUUGUUUAUGGUUUGAAUGCACUGCCACAUCUGCCCGGGGGAAAGGGGGGCGGCAGGACAAUCGCCAGCAGCGAUAAGGUGCCCCCUUGGGAAAGAUUUUAUACACCAUCCAAUCAGAGUCCUUAUGUGAGAGAAGGCACACUUGUUGGGCAGGUAGCGUGAUUUGUUACAGUGUCUCUAGAUAUUUGGUGAGGAGUAUAAUGUGCUGCGGGGGUCUCAAUGAACUGAGAGGUAUGUGCUGCUGGGGUCUCUAGAUAAACUGAGAGGUAUGUAUAAUGUGCUGCAGGGAUCUCUAGUUAUAUAUAGAGAGAGGAGUGUUAUGUGCUGAGGGGGUCUCUAGAUGAACUGAAAGGAGUGUUAUGUGCUGCAGGGGUCUCUAGUUAUACAGAGAGGAGUGUUAUGUGCUGCGGGGGUCUCUAGAUGAACUGAGAGGUAUGUGUUAUCUGCUGCAGGGAUCUCUAGUUAUAUAGAGAGGAGUGUUAUGUGCUGCAGGGGUCUCUAGUUAUACAGGGAGGAAUAUAAUGUGCUGCAGGGGUCUCUAGAUAACCUAAGAGGUAUGUGUUAUGUUCUGCAAGGGUCUCUUGUAAUACAAAGAGGAGUGUUAUGUGCUGCAGGGGUCUCUAGUUAUACAGAGAGGAGUGUUAUGUGCUGCAGGGGUCUCUAGAUAAAAUAAGAGGUAUGUGUUAUGUGCUGCAGGGGUCUCUAGUUAUACAGAGAUGAGUGUUAUGUGCUGCAGGGGUCUCUAGUUAUACAGGGAGGAAUAUAAUGUGCUGCAGGGGUCUCUAGUUAUAAAAAGAAUGAUCUGCUGCAGGGGUCUGUAGUUGAACACAGAGGAGUGUGAUGUGCUGUAAGUGGCUCUCACUAUACAGUGAAUAGAAUGCUGCACUACAGCAGUCUCUUGCUAGACUGUAAGUACUGAGAUUUGCCUUGGGUGUCUCUAGCCAGACAGAGAGGGGCUGUUAUGGUCUGUGUGUGGAUCUGUAGUACCAAGAAAUGUCACGGCGAGUCUGUAUCUCAAUGGACUGUGACCCAAUCUGUCUGCAUCUGUACAGUCACACAGAUCAUUGCGCUUGGAUCUAGGAAAGCAGAGAUACAUUUAAAGUCUAUAUAGCAACGCAUAUAUGUGCGGGGGGGGCAGCGCUGGCACUGGGGAGUCUCUAGGAUCCCAGUUACACGGUGACAUUCAGGAAGAGAUAGAAUGUUUCAGUUAUUGGACCACAAUGUUGCUGAAUGGUCUCACUGGUUUGUCAGAACUGGUAAGAGGAUGGUGUAUAAACUUUCCCAACGCCUAUUGCUGGUCUCCAAGGGGCAGACGGGUGCCCAAGCGGGGCAGUUGGAGUGCUGAACAGUACAAAUAUGGGAUGGUCCAUAUGCAGGAAGGGGGGGGGGGUAGUUGAUGGCGGAAGGAAUGCUCUGGGGCCUUGUGUAUCUCAAGAUGAAGUUAUCAGUCAAUGUUGAAGCAUGAUGUGUCUCUAAAGAGAAAGGCCUUCCCAUGAACAUUGGGUGCCCCCAGGUUACAGCAGUAAGGCUGGGGGGGGUUGCAACGCAGGAAGUGCCCUGUCUGUGCUUUUUCUGUUUGUGCAAUGUGAGGGGUGGGCUGUGAGGGAGGCUGCUCACCCUGUAACUGCAUGUUCCAGCCUCCUCUCGACUACUGCACUCAAUAAAGGCAAAAUGACCUCA